AUGACCAUUGAGCAGAAGGCCGGAGCUCUUUUGAUAGGUCCAUCAUUGCAUAUGCGCCGGGUGGUGGCAGCUGAUUCCCCAGCAUUCGAGCUACUUCAACAAGUAGUUAGAAGAAAGUGGGAAUUCCCCCGUGCAAAUAUGGCAAUAUACCUGGAAGAUACCAAGAGAACUUUAUUCCAAAUGUUUGACAAUGGCCAAGCCUCGCCAAAGGACAUGCUCAGGGACGGAAGUACACUUUUACAUCAAUUCGCGGAUAUUCUCGACGAAACUCUGGAUCCCCCAACGUUGGUCGUAGCUCGGGGGUUUAUUAAAGCCCUCAUAGAUGCUGAGGUGCCCUUACAGGAGCGAGAUGUCCUUAACAGCACUCCACUGGAUCGGUUUAUAGUGAGAUGGCUAAUGCGUGAUAUGUGGCAAUGUGGUGAUCUAGGGCUUUCGGAGGAUCUCUUUCAGAUCUAUUUCGACCUCUUGUCGUCAGGGAGCCUGUUAAACCCCGCAGAGAUUCUGCAAGACAUGUGCUGGAGAUCAGGAAUGUGUUUUUAUGACUUCAGCAUUAUGCGACAUCUUGUCGUACGGAAUAUGGAUGAAUAUAUCCUCUCUGAUGUCGAACUUGCAGUGUCUACUCGAUCCGAAAAGGACUUGUUGGAAUACAUUGCAUGCCCACAUCAUCCCAAUAUCGACAUGGCCAUUCUUAUGUGCUUGGGCUGGCCACGGGGGAUGUCGUUGAUUCUGAACUCACCCCUCAGGCUUCAUGUCAAAUCCAUGCUAAAUCCCUUUAUACAAGCCUGCAAGGCUGGAGAUGCUGAGUGUGCACGACUCCUGCUCGAGGCCACUGAGGUAAUCACCCGGGUCCAUUUGGUGUUCGCGGCCGUAAGCGACCACCCAGAUAUUUUAGAUGUGGUGGUCUCCAGGAUUGCCUACCAGCGACGGGAGCUUCAGAAUCUAGCUCUGCGACAGCUCUCCUCUCACCAAAUCCAUCAGUUUGGCCUGCCAACAGAGGACCUCUUGGAUGUCCAUGCUUUUCAAGUCCAAGAGGCAUUGAAAGAUCAAUUUGUUGCGUGGACACCAGAGUUGGCGGAGGCUUACUCUGUUUAUGGCUGCACGUCGUAUAGCCGCAAUGCAGCCAACCGUCUCUUCGAAGCAGGAUUCAGAAACCUGAAUCAGAGCGACGAACUUGGACAUACUCCACUGGUGCUUCUGCGUCCUGCGGUACCACCUCCGAGGCACAGUUUCGUGGAUAUCUUACACUUUGCUCAAUGGAUGGUGUCUCACGGUGCCAAUCUCGAUCAGAAGGCCCUGGCAGGCUAUCCCGCGAUAUAUUAUCUGGCGGACGAUAUCGGGGAAUAUAUGAGCCUGCAGUGCGCCAUGGAAAACCGUGCUCUGGCCACAUACUGGUCACCCCUGAACGACAUGCGGCAUCUCGAGCAGACCUGCGUGGAUCUCCUCCACAAAAUCCUCUUGGAUGAUACUCAAGACAGUUGCUCCUGUGCAUGCUCGUUGGGUGGAUGUCGGCCCCUGACGAGAAUGCUGAGGCAUUUCUCCUCCUCAACCGUAAAUAAUGGUGGACCGUGGACACUGCCAGGGAUACUGGAGGUCUUCCGUUGUUGCCAGGCAGUGCUUCUCCGGGAAUCCUUGAGCGAUAGUAUCCCGACCCUUGCUGAGCGUGUUCUUCGAUAUGCCACCUUCGAAAGAAUAGGCAUCAAGCACACCUGUCAUGAGUAUGAGAGACUGGACCAGGACGAGGUGGAAGAGAUUCAGGACGAGGAGCGGCACAAUCUUGCUCUGCUCGAAGAUUUGAUGGAGGAGUUCAACCGCAAGUGCCAGGAGCUUGGCAUCGGAAUUGAUGAGUUCCUUAAUGAAUACUGGAUGGAUAGCAUGGAUCAAGCUAUGUCAGCCGAUCGUGAGAUCGACUCCGAAGCGAUUCAACGAAUUCAAGAGCUUGGGGUUGUGCUUUCAGGCCCGGCGUGA